UCAGUGAAGAAUGGGAGCACCUCAUUUCUGAACUGUGGCACGGUAGUAUACAUAGGCUGGCGCACUCGGACAACACUGCCUCGGCAGUGCAUUUUUGGGGGGUCAGGCAUAUUUACCUCAGCCCAGAUGGAAUUACGGCGGCACCCGAGGAGCCUUCGUCGAAAAGGUUACAAAGUACGAUGGAUCCGGUGAAGGUUCUCAUUUUUGGAAGCAUAGCCACAGCUGAAGACUUCGAGAACGAUGACCUCUUCGUACACUACUUCUUUCACCUGGAAAACGGUUGGACUUCGUCGUGCCCGCUGUUCGGCGUGACGCAGUGUUCCCGAACCAAGUCCAAAGGACGCGCGGAGGUGGCGCACUUUUCUCACCCGUUCGAGCUCGAGUUGGAGAACACAGCGGGCACAGACCAGGAAGCGUUUGCAGCGGUCGGCCGGCUGUUCAUCGAGGUGCUGUCUUUGGACUGCUGGAGCAGGCUGCGCGUGGAAGGCUACGCAUACUGCGACCUACUCGCAAUCCCCGGCCAGAGGGAGCUGUCCCUGCUGACCUGGCGACCACUGUCCCGUAGCCUGGUCUCGCGCAUGCGCAGGUUCUUCACGGGCGGAGACCCCCCUAUGGAAGACCUCUGCGUCGUGGGCCCGCCUCCCGGAGUUGCCGCCCCCUCCGGACAAAACGGGGGCGCACCUGAACGGAGCAAGCGGAUGAGCCGGUACUCGCUGCUCACGGAAUCCAGCGGAUCUGUCAAGGUGCUGCUGAACGUCGUGCGCCAGACCACGUUCAAAGCCAGGGAGGCCGAGAUAGCAAGACGAGUUUUAGGGUCGAUCGGACGGCAGGUGAGCGAGUCGAGCAUCACUGCUGUGCUGGCGUCGUUUCACCGGGCCAGAAGCAGGAUGCUGGCAGCGCGUGCCAGGCACACAGCCCUGGCCCAGACCUGAAUGCUUCUCUACUGCUGCUAUCACCACUACAGAACACGCAAGCUCUCGUGGAAACGGUGACAAUGUAGCACGCAGCUUGUAAAAUUAAACUCCAGCCCAUCUGCAGAUUAAUACGUCAAUAAAUAAAUCCGAUAAAAAGUUGAAUGUCAUUAAAGUAUUUGACGUGAACGUGAGAAGAGAUUGUGUCCUCGAGUUUCUGCAU